AUGAAGUCCCAAGUAGCGGCUGUCAGACGCCAUGUUAAGGAAGACAUGUUAUUGUCUAACACGGCUGCUGGAGAACUUAAGUGUCAUCCACCAGGUGCCAUCCACCAGUGCCAUCCACCAGGUGUCAUCCACCAGGUGUCAUCCACCAGGUGUCAUCCACCAGGUGCCAUCCACCAGGUGUCAUCCACCAGGUGUUCAUCCACCAGGUGCCAUCCACCAGGUGCCAUCCACCAGGUGUCAUCCACCAGGUGUCAUCCACCAGGUGCCAUCCACCAGGUGCCAUCCACCAGGUGUCAUCCACCAGGUGCCAUCCCAGGUGUCAUUCCACCAGGUGCCAUCCACCAGGUGCCAUCCACCAGGUGUCAUCCACCAGGUGCCAUCCACCAGGUGUCAAUCCACCAGGUGUCAUCCACCAGGUGUCAUCCACCAGGUGUCAUCCACCAGGUGCCAUCCACCAGGUGCCAUCCACAGGUGUCAUCCUCGUCUUCUAAAAUGCUUCACAAAUGCACAAUAAAACAGUACUUCUCUACCAGUACUUCCAAGAACUCAGAUAGUACUAGUACUCCAAAAAGCUUGGUACUGGAGGAGAAAGUAUCUUCAGAUGCUGGUUCCAGUACGCCCAAUACCCGGUACUUCUCCAGCAGCACUACUAAGAGCACUGGUGUUACCAGUAUCCCAGGAAGAUCGGUACUAGGAGGAGAAUCGUUUACAGACAUUAGUCAGGCCACAUCAACCUCCCGGUAUCCCUCUACCAGUGCCCCCAGUAAAACAAACGCUAUAAUUUCUCUUCUAAGUUUCGUUCUUGGUGACGAGACAGCUUCAGGUGUCAAAUCCGGAUCACCCAACUCCCGCUAUCCCAUACCCACGUCUACACAAGCUAACGAAAUCCACUACCAGCUCUCCACCACCCACAAUAGCGUACUGGGUAGUCUCUUCGAACUGGGCAUAGGCGACAUCGAGGAGCCAAGCUCAUUCACCAAGAAGAUUAAGGGGAGAAUCGACAUGAAGAAGCUCGCACCACUUAAUGGUAUUAUAAAAGAGCUCAAUAACAUGACUUUUCUACCACUGGUGCCUUUGGAAGGAGGGUCCAAAGGGACGGAAAAUGACGUUGAAGGUACAGCUCCCUUGUUGGAGUACCUCGACGGGAUCAGAGGAGGCGCCUGGGCGCAGUUCAAGUCGAUGGCUCUAGGCUACUCGAAUUGGCUGACCCACGAGUACGAAGUCCAACACCUGACGGAGAAGCUGCCGCUGGAUUUGAUCAAGAAGAUACUCGAUCUCGGAGAUCGGGUAAACUUCCUUCACGUGGUGGGGAAGAGGGUUGACCCAGGGCUAGCCGGGUACAUCGCCGACCAACUUCAGCCGCUCUUCGACCACUUCGAGGCUCUGACCGCUGGAAGAAUGCUGGGGGGUAGCGUCGCUGAUGCCAUUGGCGGCAUCAUUAGAGACGCGGCUUGGAAGGCAAUUCGCCAGUUUGUCAGACACGUGCUAAGGGUCGCAGGGAACGUUGUUACGAGAGAGGAACUUGAGACAUUCAAGGAGAGCUUGGCUAAGACCAGCCCCCUGGCAGCCAGAGGACUCGAUCUGAUACUUAACGGACCAUUCUCCCCUAGAGACGCGGUCGGUCGUUCCAUGAGAAACAGAAUGGGUGGCUUCAGCGACCAGAACGACGGCUUCAGUCGGGACGGGGCGACGUAUGGCAGCAUUGGUUCCUAUGACGAAUCCUUCUCCUCCUACGGAGUUCCCUCCUAUGGCUCUACAGCAGGAACCUAUCCAAUAAUGGGCUACACCUCCAAGAUACACCUUGACCCUUACCUCAUCCUCGGAGGCCUGGGAGCUGCCGUUCUCUUAGCCUUCCUGGCCUAUCGCGUCCUCGUGACGACGAAGGGCGGUGAACGCAGCAACGACGCUCUGACCUUCAUGGACCUGUCGGACAUGCCAGGCGUCGUCCACUCUAUCUACUCCAUGCUGGAGGGCGCCGAUGACAAGUACAGAGCGAGGAGGUCGUCUCACUCGUCCCUGGACGACUCGGAUGACCUGGCCUACGGGCUGAACUCCCUCUGGAGAGAACACCAGAACGACUCCGGUUGCGUGAAGUGUUCUCUGUUCAGCUACACCAUAGAACACACCAACACUGGGCACGACCUACUCCAGGGCAUCGCCGUAGCUGGCGUGGCACACCUGCUGGGCACUGAAAGAUCAGGUCAACUGAUGGAUGAGGUCACCAGCCUCAUUUUGGAGGGCACACCUGUCACCUGUGAGCGUGAGGUUAACACCUGUGUCCUUAAGUGACCUCCAGAAAAAUGUUAGCCUCUUCAAGACAUCUCCAAGAAGGAAAUAAAUGGUAUCAAAUACCGACACAGUGGAAAUAUAAACACAUAUGCAGUAUAAUGUGAUCCUUUAUU